GUCAACGUCGGGUGCGUGCCAAAGAAGGUGAUGUGGAACGCGGCGGUCCACGCGGAGUUUGUCCACGAUCACGCCGACUACGGCUUCGAAACGCCCGGCGUCAAGUUCAACUGGCGAACGAUUAAAGAAAAGCGCGACGCUUACGUGAGGCGCCUGAAUGAGAUCUAUGAGAAUAACGUAAAGAAGGCUCACAUCGACAUCAUUCGGGGCUAUGGCAAGUUCACCGCCGAUCCCCAGCCUACCGUGGAAGUGGAUGGGAAAAAGUACACAGCUCCUCACAUCCUUAUAGCCACGGGUGGGCGCCCGACCGUCCCACCCGACAGCGAAAUUCCCGGUGCCAGCCUGGGAAUGACCAGCGACGGCUUCUUCGACCUGGAGGAGCUGCCCAGGCGCCGCGUUAUUGUCGGGGGCGGGCACAGGGAGAUGCCGGUGGAGGGGGCUGCCAGGGGGUGCCUUCGCCUGCAGACCCUCAUCUGACGGGGCUGGUGGGUCCCUGCCCAGGUCCUGAGGACCUUCGACUCCAUGAUCAGCUCGAACUGCACUCAGGAGCUGGAGAACACCGGGGUGGAUGUCUGGAAGCACACGCAGGUCAAGACGGUCACCAAGUCCUCUUGCGGGCUGCUGGAUGUGACCGUGACCUCCUCGGUGCCUGGCCGCAAGCCAACGGAGGGAGUCAUCCGGGACAUUGACUGCCUGCUGUGGGCCGUGGGGCGGGAGCCCAACACCGAGGAGCUGUGCCUGGACCGAGUG